UUGGACCGUGACAUCAAUGAUGACUAAUCGUUUGAGAGCGUCGAAAUCUCGUCGAUUGUCACAAGGACAAAGAAAUCAUUGUGAGGCUACCUUCGGAACUUCACAAAAUUCAAACAGGUUUAUGUCACAAUUACACGUUUAUUCAAGGUCAUGCUAAUGUGUUAUCAGCGGUGGAACGCUGUUAAUUUCUAUAAUCACACGGCAAAUGACGUAAACAUCGUUAGUUUGGAUAUGAGAGAUAGAAAAAGAAAAAAAAACGAAAGAAAGAGAAAGAGAUAUUAUCUCUCUAAGAGAUGGUCCAUUCGUCUCUUGAAUCGACUUGCACACGCAUCCUCCCGUAUCGUCCCUCUUCUUCGAGAAGGAAGAGAUAAUGGUUGCGGGACCGAGCCCCUCCGACUGGCAGUGAGCUUUUCCAUUGGCUGCUACGAGGUAUCCCCUUCGCUCCAAUUUGUGGUUUGUAGUUCGGAAUGCGAAGCACACGUUUCAUAUGAACCAGACGUGUUCCCAAAGCGGGACGAGAAGCACGAGAAGGUUUCUCGGUGCGUCUCUGCACGCACUCGACACACGUGAGAUCACAAUGGAAACGUUUCGCGAUAAAGACAGCGAACAUUGUGCUGAAGCAAUGUCUUGUCUUUCCAUGAAGGAAUCAAAAUGUACAAAGCCACGAAGCAAAGGCGAAACCAGGGGACAAAGGUCUACUGGUCUUACACAUGAAUGUGGUGUUUUCGGAUGUAUUGCUGCAGGCGAUUGGCCAUCACAAAUUGAUGUUGCUCAAGUUGUUUGUUUAGGUUUAGUCGCAUUGCAACAUAGGGGACAAGAAAGUGCAGGAAUUGUAACAAGCGAGGGUGUCUGCUCGAAGUCAUUCCAUGUUCAUAAGGGUAUGGGGAUGAUCAAUAACAUUUUCAACGAUGAGAUUAUGAGGAAACUUAAAGGAAAUCUUGGAAUUGGUCAUACUAGAUAUAGUACAAGUGCAGCCAGUGAAGAAGUCAACUGUCAACCAUUUGUAGUACAUACUGCGCAUGGGGCACUGGCAGUUGCACAUAAUGGAGAAUUAGUCAACACGGAAUCUCUCCGAAAAAUGGUAUUAGGUCGAGGCGUUGGUUUAUCAACGCAUUCGGACUCGGAGCUUAUAACACAAGCGCUCUGUUUGAAUCCGCCGGAAGGUGAAGUCAAUGGACCAGAUUGGCCUGCACGUAUCAAACACCUUAUGCAAUUGGCACCGUUAUCGUACUCCUUAGUUAUAAUGCAGAGGGACAAAAUUUAUGGCGUGAGAGAUCCCUACGGAAAUCGACCUCUUUGUUUAGGAAAGAUUGUGCCAAUUGGCAAUUUAGCAAGUAACGAAUCUGAUGAUGAUGACGAUGAAGCAGAAGGCUGGGUAAUUUCGUCAGAAUCUUGUGGAUUUUUAAGUAUCGGCGCAAGAUAUGUUCGCGAAGUAUUUCCUGGCGAAAUUGUGGAGCUGACAAGAGAGGGCAUUAAAACUAUAGAGAUAGUGGAAAGGCCAAAUAAGAAACCCCAGGCAUUUUGUAUUUUCGAAUAUGUCUACUUUGCCAGGAGUGAUAGCAUUUUUGAAGGCCAAAUGGUUUAUUCCGUUCGAAUGCAGUGUGGGCGAGUGCUAGCGAUGGAAUCCCCGAUUGAAGCAGAUAUAGCUAGUUCUGUUCCAGAAUCUGGUACUGCAGCGGCACACGGAUACGCCAGACAAUCUAAGAUACCAUUCGCUGAAGUGCUGUGUAAAAAUAGAUACGUAGGUAGAACAUUCAUUCAGCCUAGCACGCGAUUGAGGCAGCUCGGAGUAGCAAAGAAAUUCGGAGCUUUAUCUGAGAAUGUAAAAGGAAAAAAAAUAGUUCUCAUUGAUGAUUCUAUUGUGAGAGGAAAUACAAUAGGUCCAAUAAUAAAAUUGCUAAGGGAUGCAGGUGCUAAGGAGGUUCAUAUCAGAAUAGCCUCGCCGCCACUGAAAUAUCCGUGUUACAUGGGCAUCAACAUACCAACGAGAGAAGAACUUAUCGCGAAUAAGCUUGACAAUGUAAAACUAGCCAAACACGUGGGAGCGGACAGUUUAACGUACCUUUCAGUGGAGGGACUUGUCGAGGCAGUCAGGUAUCGCAUGGAUAAUCGCGAAAGUAAUUACAUUGGUCACUGUACUGCCUGUUUAACGGGAGAGUAUCCAGACGAAUUACCCGGUGACCUCGAGUGGUAAAGACGUACCAUUUUUUCUAGAAUCAAACAAAACUCAGGUUUCUGAAAUAAAAUAAUGAAUACACAUAGAAUUCUGCAGUAUAUGAUUUCACAGUGUUAUAUUACCUCUUUGUUAACACACAGAUGUGAAUUUGCACUAACAUUUUU